CCUCUUUUCUCCUCUACCCCUCCCUUUUCCCACUCCCCCUUGACUCGGAGGCCUGGAUGCUCUGCCGCUGGGCAAUGGUCCAGCUCACAGCCAGGAGGGGGCGGGGGCAGGGGGCACUGUGACAGGAAGCUGCACGCACAAGUUGGCCAUUUCGGGGGCAAAAUAAGUUCUCCCUUGGAUUUGGAAAGGACAAAGGCAGCAAGCUACCCCUUUUGUGUCGGAUGAAGAGGACCAACCAUGAGCCAGAGCCCGAGUGCAGGCUCACCGCCGCCACCGUGGUCAGCUCCAGUUCCUGCCAGGAGUUGUCGGUGCGAGGAAUUUGGUGACAGGCGCUGUUAGUCUGAUCCUCCCUUACAUGAAGGACAAGACAAAGAUCCAGUUUGGAAAUGAGAAAGGAGAACUAGCGGGCGACGUUGGCUCUAUCUCUUGAUAUCUCCCAGAGGCGCAGAAAAAGGAUUCAUGAAGAUGUGGACAAGACUUCAAGUUCUUACUUUAGCUUUAUUUUCAAAGGGAUUUUUACUCUCUUUAGGGGAUCAUAACUUUAUGAGGAGGGAGAUUAAAAUAGAAGGUGACCUUGUUUUGGGGGGCCUAUUUCCUAUUAAUGAAAAAGGCACUGGAACUGAAGACUGUGGGCGAAUCAAUGAAGAUCGAGGGAUCCAACGCCUGGAAGCUAUGUUGUUUGCUAUUGAUGAAAUCAACAAAGACAAUUACCUUCUACCCGGAGUGAAGUUGGGUGUUCAUAUUCUGGAUACAUGCUCAAGGGAUACCUAUGCUUUAGAGCAAUCACUGGAGUUUGUCAGGGCAUCUUUGACUAAAGUGGAUGAAGCUGAGUAUAUGUGUCCUGACGGAUCAUAUGCCAUUCAAGAAAAUAUCCCUCUGCUCAUUGCAGGGGUCAUUGGUGGCUCUUACAGCAGUGUUUCCAUACAGGUGGCAAACCUUCUGAGGCUCUUCCAGAUCCCUCAGAUAAGCUAUGCGUCCACCAGUGCCAAACUCAGCGACAAAUCGCGCUAUGAUUACUUUGCCAGGACCGUGCCCCCCGACUUCUACCAAGCCAAAGCCAUGGCCGAGAUCUUGCGCUUCUUCAACUGGACCUACGUGUCUACUGUGGCCUCUGAGGGCGACUACGGAGAGACUGGGAUUGAGGCCUUUGAGCAAGAAGCCCGCCUGCGCAAUAUCUGCAUCGCGACCUCAGAGAAGGUGGGCCGCUCCAACAUCCGCAAGUCCUACGACAGUGUGAUACGCGAGCUGCUGCAGAAGCCCAAUGCGCGAGUGGUGGUCCUCUUCAUGCGCAGUGACGAUUCACGCGAGCUCAUCGCCGCAGCCAGCCGCAUCAAUGCUUCCUUCACCUGGGUAGCCAGCGAUGGCUGGGGCGCACAGGAAAGCAUUGUCAAAGGCAGCGAGCAUGUGGCAUAUGGUGCCAUCACUCUGGAGUUGGCCUCGCAUCCUGUCCGCCAGUUCGACCGCUAUUUCCAGAGCCUCAACCCUUACAACAAUCAUCGCAAUCCCUGGUUUCGGGACUUCUGGGAACAGAAGUUCCAGUGUAGCCUCCAGAACAAGAGAAACCACAGGCGGGUUUGCGACAAGCACCUGGCCAUUGACAGUAGCAACUAUGAGCAAGAAUCCAAGAUCAUGUUUGUGGUGAAUGCUGUCUAUGCCAUGGCCCAUGCCCUGCACAAAAUGCAGCGCACCCUCUGUCCUAACACUACCAAGCUCUGCGAUGCAAUGAAGAUCCUGGAUGGAAAGAAGCUGUACAAGGAUUACUUGCUGAAAAUCAAUUUCACAGCUCCAUUCAACCCAAAUAAAGGUGCAGAUAGCAUCGUCAAGUUUGACACUUUUGGAGAUGGAAUGGGACGAUACAACGUGUUCAAUUUCCAGUUUGUGGGUGGAAAGUAUUCCUACUUGAAGGUUGGUCACUGGGCAGAAACCUUAUCAUUAGAUGUUGACUCUAUCCACUGGUCCCGGAACUCAAUCCCCACUUCCCAGUGCAGCGACCCCUGUGCCCCCAAUGAAAUGAAGAACAUGCAACCAGGGGAUGUCUGCUGCUGGAUUUGCAUCCCAUGUGAGCCUUACGAAUACCUGAUUGAUGAGUUUACCUGUAUGGACUGUGGGCCUGGGCAGUGGCCCACUGCAGACUUAUCUGGAUGCUUUGAUCUUCCUGAGGACUACAUCAGAUGGGAAGAUGCCUGGGCCAUUGGCCCAGUCUCCAUUGCCUGCCUGGGGUUUAUGUGUACAUGCAUGGUUAUAACUGUGUUUAUCAAGCACAACAACACACCCUUGGUCAAAGCAUCAGGCCGGGAACUCUGCUACAUCUUGCUGUUUGGGGUUAGCCUGUCAUAUUGCAUGACAUUCUUCUUCAUUGCCAAACCAUCACCUGUCAUUUGUGCUUUGCGCCGGCUGGGGCUGGGGACUUCCUUUGCUGUCUGUUAUUCAGCUCUGCUGACCAAGACAAACUGCAUCGCCCGUAUCUUCGAUGGGGUCAAGAAUGGCGCUCAGAGGCCCAAAUUCAUCAGCCCCAGUUCACAGGUUUUCAUCUGCCUGGGUCUGAUACUGGUGCAAAUUAUAGUAGUGUCUGUGUGGCUCAUCCUGGAGGCUCCAGGCACCAGGAGGUAUACUCUUCCAGAGAAGCGGGAAACAGUCAUCUUAAAAUGCAAUGUCAGAGAUUCCAGCAUGCUGAUCUCUCUUACCUAUGAUGUGAUCCUGGUGAUUCUAUGCACUGUGUAUGCCUUCAAAACAAGGAAGUGCCCGGAAAACUUCAACGAAGCCAAGUUCAUAGGUUUUACCAUGUACACCACCUGCAUCAUCUGGUUGGCCUUCCUCCCUAUAUUUUAUGUGACAUCGAGUGACUAUAGAGUGCAGACGACAACCAUGUGCAUCUCUGUUAGCCUGAGUGGCUUUGUGGUCUUGGGCUGUUUGUUUGCACCCAAGGUGCACAUCAUCCUGUUCCAACCCCAGAAGAAUGUGGUCACACACAGACUGCACCUCAACAGGUUCAGUGUCAGUGGAACGGGAACCACAUAUUCUCAGUCCUCUGCAAGCACGUAUGUUCCGACGGUGUGCAAUGGACGGGAAGUCCUAGACUCCACCACCUCGUCUCUGUGAUUGUGAUUUGCAGUUCAGUUAUUGUGUUUUUAGACUGUUAGACAAAUGUGCUCAUGUGCAGCUCCAGAAUGGAAACAGAGCAAAAGAACAACUCUAGUACCUUUUUUUAGAAACAGUACAAUAAAUUAUUUUUGAGGACUGUACAGUAUAUAGUGAUGUGCUAGAACUUUCUAGGAUGAUUUUAGUGCCCCUAUUAUUAACAAUUCCCCAGAACAUGAAAAUAACCAUUGUUUACAGAGCUGAGCAUUGGUGACAGGGUCUGACAGGGUCAGUCUACUAAAAAA